UACAUGGGAGUAUAACGAGUAUAUGAGUUAAAUAGAAGAAAAAAAAAACAGCGGGAAAGAGAUUGAUUCAAUGGCCGAGAAAGAAGAGGGUGUGAAGCUGAUAGGAUCGUGGGCAAGCCCAUUCAGUCGUAGAGUCGAGAUGGCUCUCAAACUCAAAGGCGUGCCAUACGAUUACUUGGACGAAAACUACUUGGUCGUGAAGAGCCCUUUGCUACUUCAACUCAACCCGAUUUACAAAAAAGUCCCUGUUUUGGUCCACAAUGGUAAUGUACUACUCGAGUCACAGCUCAUCCUUGAAUACAUCGACCAAACAUGGACAAACAAUCCAAUUCUACCGGAGAAUCCGUACGACAGAGCCAUGGCUCGAUUCUGGGCUAAAUUCGUCGAUGAACAAGUAGUAGCGAUAGGGUUCAGGUCUCUGGUCAAAUCAGAAAAGAGUAUUGAUAUUGCAACCGAGGAAGUUCAACAACAAAUUAUGAAUCUUGAGAAUCUAAUCAGGGAAAAAGAUUUCUUCGGCGGAGAGACAAUAGGAUUCUUGGACAUGGUCGUGGGAAGUAUAAUCCCGUUUUGUUUAGCUCGGGGUUGGGAAGGUAUGGGAAUUGAUAUGAUUCCAGUGGACAAAUUUCCAGGACUAAACAGAUGGAUCAAGAAUUUAAAAGAAAUUGAGAUCGUAAGGGAAUGUAUUCCCGAUAGAGAGAAACAUAUUGAGCACAUGAUGAAAAUUGUAAAGCUAAUGAGAGCAGCCUAAGAGACAACAUACUACGCUUUAAUCCUGCGAUGUUAACUAUGUAGUAUACUAGUAUUUGUCUUGUUAUUGAAAAGUUUUAUGAACAAAUCUACUAAAUAAAGAUGAGUGAUACAUGUAGUGGUAGUAGAAUAAAAAUGUAUGAAUGUCUAGUUCUAUCUUAAUUAUUGACAUA